AUGCAGCCGCAACAGGAUGAGGAUAUGGCUAGAGACGAAGAUCGUUCUAGAAUGCACGACGAGAAUAUUCGCCGGUAUCUUGAGGACCUAGCGAAGCAAAAAAAGGAAGAAGUGGAUGCGGACAACGCAGCUAAAGCGGCGGGAUGGCAAACUGCCAGGAGUCGAAAGUACAACCGCAAGCUGAAGAAGGAGUUCACCGCGGCGGCUAAAAAGGAUAGCCGAACUCACAUGAUCAUUCUGAGGGUACGUGAACUAAACGUCAACGGCCUCUCGAGAGGACAUCUUUUAGGCGAAAUCGCUAAAGCUGCAGGAGUGCAGGUUGCGGAAGCUUUCGCGGAGGACAGCCUAUAUAUAAACAGCGCAAGCAACACAAUCUCCAUUCGCACGGACAACUCUGAGCGAGCAGGCAGGUACGUCGAGAUCAAGGAGAUCAUAAGCAACAACAAGAAGAUAGAAGUCCAUGGACAUGGAGCCAUCCCGGGCGAAUUUCAGCGAAUAGUACUGACUAACGUGUACUACCCGUCGGACGUAGUCGACGAAGUCGAACUGUUGAAUCAUAUGGUCAACUGCAACAAGCACACGGUGAUCGUAGACGUGAAACGGAUGGGAAGGUCGAUCCUGAUUACCUUGGGAACAAGCAAGCUCCCCGCGUACAUUAAGUUCUUCGGAGGAGUGUUCCCCUUCCACAUCUACCGAGAAACCAAGAGAGCAUGCAUGAAAUGCUGGAGAUUAGGACACAGAAUGGACGUAUGCCCCGAGAAGGACAACGGAAGGUGCCCCAAUUGUGGGGAAUUUCACGAACACUCCGGUCAAUAG